AUGAAGCGCGAGUUGCGACUUGUGACCUGGAAUGUCAAUGGAUUGCGUGCGGUGCUGCAGCGCCUGGAGCAAAAUUUGCUACAGUUCUUGGAGAGCCUUGAGGCCGACAUUAUUUGUCUGCAAGAAACGAAGCUGACGCGCUCGGAGCUUGACGAGGAGCUGGUGCGUCCUCCAGGAUUCGACGCUUUCUACUCAUUCUGUCGGCAUCGUGGAGGCUACUCGGGUGUAGUGACGUUUGUCAAGGGUGACCUGCCAACUGUAGCAGCCGAGGAAGGACUCACGGGGCACUGGCAGACAAAGGACAACGUAGGGCACGUCGGAUCGCUGCAUGACGAGCUUCCGUCAAAGAUACUCAAUGAUUUAGAAGCUGAAGGACGCUGUAUUAUCACCGACCAUCAAACUUUCGUGCUACUUAACACUUAUUGUCCAGCUCUUGCGUCCGCGGAUCGUUUGGAGUAUAAACUUCAGUUCCACGGGCUGCUAGAAGACCGUGUCAAUGCUCUGCGGGCAGCGAACAAGCGCGUUAUUGUUGUGGGAGAUAUCAACAUUGCGCAUCGAGAAAUUGACCAUUGCGACCCGCAUGCACAUCGAGAUGACGGUAGUUCUUUUGGCGAUCAUCCAUGCAGAAAGUGGAUGGAUUCGUUUGUUGGGGUGUCAGGAGAGAAAUAUCUGCCAAACCCCCACAGCGACGAUAUCGUCGAUGGAGAACCUGCAGUUAAAAUGAUCGAUACGUACCGUCACUUUCACCCCGAUCAAACUAAAGCUUACACGUGCUGGAAUACUCAAACUGGGGCGCGUCAAACAAAUUAUGGAACCCGAAUCGACUACAUUUUAGCAGACCCCACAUUCAUCGAAUGUGUAUCCUCAUGCAGUAUCGAUGCAGAGCGUCUUGGGUCUGAUCAUUGUCCAGUGCUGAUGUCGUGCACUGUGGAACUAGAAACAAGUUCGAGUACUAACACUGGCAUUACUGCAGCAUUGUGCGCCAGAAAUUUCGCGGAGUUCUCAGGGACACAGCAGAGUAUCAAUUUGUCUCCUUCUUUACGCUCGAAGAAACGUGGUCAGCAGUCAAUUACGUCGUUCUUCAAUCAUACAGACACUAGGAAACGAAAGCUCUCAACAUUUCGCGAAAAAUCCUGGGAUGAAGAGUCGUCAACGUACCGAAUGGAUUCUGGGGCUGUACGAAUUGUGAAGACAACUGAAAACCGGAAAUCGGCGGAAGAAGGGAAACUAGAAUGGGCACAAGUCUUAAAUGGUCGGCCUCCCCCAACGCCAUUAUGUCAUUGCGGUCAGCCGACAGUGCUCCGAUCAGUUAUAAAGACCAACGAGAAUUGGGGUCGCAAAUUUUACGUCUGCACUAAACCAGCGGGCGAGAAGGGAAAUCCUGAUGCGAGAUGCGAUUUCUUCAAGUGGGUCGAUAAAAAAGGCACCAAGAAGCCGAAGGCUCAAUAA